CCAAAAAGCAUCCACCAUCCAGCCCCCCUUUCCCCUAUUUUUGUCUUUAUCCCUCGAUUCCAUCCUUUAUUUCUCCCCUCUGCUUUCUUAUCCUUCCACAAGCCUCUAUCACUCGCAGUCCUGAAGGAACACUCAGCUCGGUGCUGUGAUUUUGUCUGCAUUCUGAGGCUGCUGUGAGUACCUUGAAUCAGGGAUUUCUUCCAUUCUUUAGCCUGCAUUCACACGGCCAUGCGAGGGCGGAGUCUACCCUUCAUUCUUUCCCUCCUCUUCCUCCUCUUGUCAAUCUCUGAGGCAAAAAAGAAGUCCAAGCAGCCAUCAGAAACAGUGACUGGAACAGACAGUACAGUGGUAAACCCCUCGCUGGGGUCAGGUCAGCUGAGCACCAAGGAUGGGCACCGCUGCACCUGGGAGACGCUAGAGAGAGGAGCUAACAUCCUGCUCCAGGUGAGCUGCACCACCCCAAGUGAGGAUGGGCUCAGACCUUACUACACGUGCCAGUUUGCUGGAAAACCUCAGGAAUGCUCUGUCUACAGCUCCCAGUCCUCCCAGUACUGGAAACAGGUGGUUAGCAAACUGAAGAAGCGAAAGAAUGCUUGCGAGGGGGAGAAAGUCCUGAAAACACGACUGUGUAAGAAAGCACCCAGCGCAUCUCACAUGAAACUCACGGAGAGAAGCGGAGAAGAGACGACCACGCACAUGAGCAAGGGAAUGCCAGAAGAGAGCAAACGAAAAACAGAGGCACCCACGAAGAAAGUAAAAGAAAUACAGAAAGAUAAGGAAGAGGAGGUGAAGAAAGAAGAGGAUGAGGGGUUCGGAGAAGUAAUGAAUGAUGAAUUCUCAGACAUGGAGCCAGCUGUGAGCUACUGCGGAGAGGGAUGGCCUUCUGUCUGCAACUUUUUUGCCAAGUUUUUUAAUGGUUAAAAAAGAGAGAAAUGUCUGCUAUUAAUGCUUUUUCGGACCCAGUGAAGGAUAAGAUUGUUGUUGCAUAUAAAAAAAGACGGAAUGAAGAUGUUGUCGGGUGUCAAAAAUAUGACUUAGCGGAAGUUCACCAUCUAGUCUGCACCCUAAAAACAUCAUGGAUAAAAAAUCCUGUCAUGAAAAGGAAGACAAAUAGACAUAGAGAAAGUAGUUUUUGUAUGAUAUAUAACAAUCACACUAAUCACAUUAAUUACAAUGUUAAACACAAUUAAUUACUUAAGUGUAUAUUGUAACUAAACCAACUUUUUGUAGAUAUGAAUAAUUGUAUUACAUGACCUAUGACUUUUUACUCAUAAAGAAAAUGUUGUGUAUGAUUAAUGCAAAAUAAUAUUCAGCUCAAUAAAAGAUGAAUUUAAUUAAUUAAAAAUGCAUAUAUUUUUUAAAGGCAAAAUUGUAUAGAUGACAGAAAAUCAUUUCAUCAUUCAUCACUUAUACAUCGCAGUGCUUAACACACCUGAAUGACAAGAUUUAACAUCCUUCAGAUCUCACACAAAAUGAAUAAAUGAACCUUGCACUUUCAUG